AUGAAUCAUUCACUAUUUCUUAAAGUAAAAAUUCAACAAGAAAUUAAAGUUACACUUCAAAAUAUAUCAUUUAUGAGUCUACCAACAAUUAUUAUAUUUAUGCUUGAAAUUCAUGGUUAUUCAAAAUUAUACGAUAGUACUGAACGAUUUUUUAUAUUUGUUAAUUUUUGGACAGUUAGUAUACACGAUGGAAAUUAUUCAGUACUAAAAUAUCUUCAACCGAUUAUAAAUGGUGCUGCACAUCACAAUGAUCAUCAUCAAUUUUAUAAAUAUAAUUAUAGACAAUUUUUUACUUUAUGGGAUCGUUUAAUGAAUACAUUUCAUUCACCACAUGUUUAUUCUGAAAAAAAGAAAAAUAUUAAUUAA